AUGAAUACAAAACAGUUUAAACAUCGUAAAUUUGUGGCUUCACUCCUUUUGGUUGUUCUAUGCCUAUUACUUCUUUGCGAAAAAAAAAUCAAUGGAAAUAUAAAAGAAGAAAUUGGUAAUGUAAAAAUAAAUUCUCGGAUUUUAUCAUCACUGAGUCAUGAAAUACCAUAUAGUAAUUUUAUGGGAGCGUAUGUUUCAAAUGAUAUGGAAUUUAAUGAGCUUGUAGAUAAAUGGGUUGAAUUUGAAAAAUCAGUUUAUCAUUAUUGGGAUUACAUGGAGGAUUGUAAAUAUAAUGAUUGGAAUACAGCAUUAUUUGAUGCAUUGAUGGAAGUCAAAAAAAAUUCACCCAAUUUAGUGGAAUAUAGUAAAUCUUUAUGUAAUUGGCAUGAUCUAGUUAAGAAUAUCUCAAAAAAAAAACACAUAAUAAAAAACAAAGAUGAUCAAUUAUUAAAAAAGGUAAUGAGCAAAUUAAAGAAUAAAGUACUCAAUAAACGAGUUGUAAAUUGGCAAAAUGACGUAGAAGCAAUAUGGGAAAAGGUAAUUAAAAACAAAUUAAAUAACAAUAAUAGACUUACUGAAACGGUUCGCCUCGAAUGUAAAAAUUGGGUCAAGAGUCAAUUAACGGCUUAA